GGAUAUCGAGGGAACACUUUCGACUGACUUUUGUUUCUAAAUCGUGUAGUCACUGUGGGAGGCUAACAGACUUUAAUAACAGACAAAGCCAGAUUUUACAAGUUUUUACUCGCCAUAUAUACACACACACACACACACACCAGCACAGUCAUGACGUCAAUCAUGUCCUAUAAUGGAGGGGCCGUCAUGGCCAUGCGGGGGAAGGACUGUGUGGCGAUAGCGGCAGACAGGAGAUUUGGCAUUCAGGCUCAGAUGGUGACCACAGACUUCCAGAAGAUCUUCCCCAUGGGAGACAGACUGUACAUCGGGCUGGCUGGGCUGGCUACUGAUGUGCAGACAGUCUCACAGAGGCUGAAAUUCAGGCUGAACUUGUACGAGCUGAAAGAGGGUCGACAGAUCAAACCCAAGACCUUCAUGAGCAUGGUGUCUAACCUGCUGUAUGAAAGGAGGUUUGGACCUUACUACAUUGAGCCUGUGAUUGCCGGUCUAGAUCCCAAAACCUUUGAACCAUUUAUCUGCUCGCUGGAUUUGAUUGGCUGCCCCAUGGAGACGGAAGACUUUGUUGUUAGUGGCACAUGUUCUGAGCAGAUGUACGGCAUGUGUGAAUCUCUGUGGGAACCAGACUUGGAACCACAGGAUCUCUUUGAGACAAUCUCACAGGCGAUGCUGAACGCAGUUGAUCGGGAUGCUGUCUCUGGUAUGGGAGUUGUUGUACAUGUCAUUGAAAAAGACAAGAUCACUACACGAACCCUGAAGGCCAGGAUGGAUUAGAGUUUCUGUUUGUCCAGACAUGUCAUCAUAUGCUUUGUACAAAAUCCUGUACUGUUGUUUUUCCCAAUAAAUGAACAUAAAUUAAC